AUGCAUGGAACUACCUUUCCCAAGAAACCUUCUCUUCUAGCAAGAAUAAAGUCAUUCAUCACUCAUGAAGAAAAGAAAAGAAAAGAGGAUUCAAACUCUACUCAAGAUUUAGAAACCUUAGAUCAUCAUCGUACAAGUGUUGGUUGGAAACACCGAAUCUCCUUGCUUCUGUCUCUAGCUACUAAGAAUGGAAUUGGAUUCCAAAGAAAGAACACAAAGUACUCUUCCCAAAUUCAAUGUCUAAUCUCCAAGAAAAUCUUGGAAGAUCAGAAGAAUAUCCUUGAAACCACCCAACCCUUCAAUAGCUUAUGCCAAACUAGUAUGAACAUGAUGCCGAGAAGUCUUCAAGAUAAAAUAGAUGAAGUUACAGUAUUUUUCCAAAAAGGAAAACAGUGUAAUUUUAAUUAUGUUAAACCAGCAGCCAACAUAAGAAGAACAAGAACAUCAUCAUCUUUAGAUGAAUCAUUACAGAGUUAUAGCCGAUUCAUGAGUCUGAGUUUCAGUGGAGAUGAAGAUGACAGAUGUUCUUCCAAGACCUUGAAAGUAAGUAAAGGACUUAGUCACAUACAGAUGAAAUAUUUGAAGAGGUUUCCUUCAUUAACACAUGAUGAGUUUGGGAAUGUUUAUUGCGAAUCAAUGAAUGGGAUCAGUGAAACUGUUGAAAAUGAGGAUAUGAAGAUUGGACUUCUUUCUUCUUCAGAAACAUAUUAUACCAAAAAGAAUGAAUUUUCUUCUUCAGAAAUCAUUGUUCAUGAAAUGUUUAAAGAAAAAGAAACAGAACUCAUUUCAGACGAUCAAAUCCUUUCCCUAGAAGAUAGAGUAAAGUGUACAUCCAUGUCGUUUCCAUCAACUGGAGGGUUUCACAAUAGGGAGGAAGAAGAAUCACCCAUUUUUGAAUCAAACAUGUUGAUGCAAGAUCAGGAUCAUUUGUCAUGUUCAUCUGAAAGUAUGGGAAAUUCAAACUUGAAAUAUGUAACAGAGAUCCUUCAACUAUCCGGCAUACUGGGAAAUGAGUGUUUUAAUGCAUGGCAUUCAAUAGAGCAGCCACUGGACCCAGAAAUGUUUGAAGACAUAGAAAGCUGCAGCAAGUCUAAAGAGUUAUCGGAAUGCAGCAGCAAUAAUAUUAUUGAUCAUGAUGAAAACAUGCCUUGUUACACGCAUCAACAUAAGCUUCUGUUUGAUUUAACAAAUGAAGUUUUGGUUCAGAUAUAUGAUAGAACAUGCACAUAUUGCCCAAGGGUUUUGUCUUCCAAAUGUAACGGUUGGUGUAAACCAUUUCCUGUGGGAAAACAUCUUCUUAAAGUUGUUUUAGCCAAUAUUAGCAGAAGCCUCAUCAUGAAUUUGACGGAUCAGAAAAUGAUGGAGAUUAAAAUGGAUCAAGAUUUGAUUAAAGAUGAUCUUUGGAUGAAUCUACAUGUAUUCAGCGAGAAUGUGGCACUUGAGCUGGAGGCUUUUAUUUUCGAUAGAGUUAUGGAUGAAGAACUUCAAAUAUUAGAAGUUAAAGGUACAGAUCUAAAGAAGACCGUCUAUUCGGACGUCGUCUGA